AUGUACAACUUUUUCGACGGCGACUUCUUCCACUUCGAAUUCCUCCGGGUAUUGGGCACCGCUCCCUUUGAAGGCUGCGACAUUGGAGAAUGUCUAGAAGCCCUCGAAUACAUAGAGAACAACAAUGCCGAGAGCUGGUUCCACGCCUGGGUGACAGCCGCGCAAAAGGCCGAAGCCGUAGCGGUUGCCGCAGACAAGCGAUCUGACCGAGAAGCAGCACGAUGGGCCUGGAUUCGAUCGGGGAACUAUUUACGAGCAGCAGAAUACAUGUUGCACUGUACGCCCAAGGAUCAACGAUUGUUGAAGACUCUCGAACACAGCGUGCGCAACUUCCAGCGCGGGUUCGACCUGUUGGCCGAUCCGGCCGGUCAUGGCGGCGAGGUCCUCUCCCUUGAGAUACCAUAUGAGAAUGGUCUGAGUCUGCCGGCAUAUUUAUUCAUGCCGCUGAGAAAACCCGGGUCGAUGACCCCGAUCCCCGUCGUGCUCAACAGCGGCGGGUUCGACUCCACCCAGGAGGAGCUGUAUUUUUACAUCGCGGCCGGGGCUCGUCGACGCGGCUACGCAGUUCUCACCUUCGACGGACCGGGCCAGGGCAUCUUCCUGCGACAACAAGACCAGCGAGCUGGGUUCCCGGCGCAGGCUCCCCACGGCACAUACAUGCGCCACGAUUGGGAGGUGGUGAUCCGCGCCGUGCUCGAUCGUCUCGGUAUCUACCGUGAUGAGAACCCCCAGCUACAUCUGGACCUUGAUCGUCUCGCCAUCUUCGGCGAGUCCAUGGGCGCCUACUUCGCGCUGCGAGGUGCCGCCGACCCUCGCGUGAAGGCUUGUAUCGCCAUGGACGGCUUCUACGAUAUGUGGGAUAUCGCCGACUCGCGCAUUCCGCCUGUCUUCUUGAAAGCGUGGGACAGACUAGGGGAUAAAUUCUUCGACUGGGUUGUUCGGUCGUUGGGGAAGGUGCAUUUCCGCACGCGGUUUGAAUUCACACAUGCGCGUUAUGCUCUGGGGUUGCCCACGUUUGCACAGGCGACUCGGGCGUUUCAGCGGUUCUCGCUCCGAGAAUGCAAUUCUGGAGGGGAGUAUCUAGCGCAGGUGCAAUGUCCGGUGUUUGUAACCGGGGCGGCGGAUUGGGCGUAUUUCCCGGCGAACACGAAUGCCAUGAAGAUAUAUGAGGCGAUGGAGCGACUUCAUCCAGGACAGGCGAAACUUUGGGUCGCGAAGGGGGUGGGAUCCGGAGGCCUGCAGGCGAAGGUGGCGGCGAUUUCCGUCGUGCAUGACAAGACCUUUGAAUGGUUAGAUCAGGUGUUGAAGGUGGAAAGGGGGAAUGAAGAGUAG